UCUUCCGCCGUUCAACAAGCAGCACAACGAGGAAGUCUUCAAACUGUCCUGUAGAACCCGCUGGGCGAACACACACCAAUGUUCCACAUUUAGCACAGGAUGUCUGCUGAAAACCAGGAGGCGAAGACCGUUGAGGUGCUUGGGUUGCCUGAAGCAGUAGAUGAGGAACUUCUGACCUUGUAUUUUGAGAACAGGCGACGGUCUGGAGGAGGUCCACUCGUCUCUGUGGAGAAGAGUGGUGACAGUGCUAUACUGGUGUUUGAAGAAGCUGAAGCUGCAACUCAAGUGCUUUCAAAAGAGCAUCAUGUUCUGCAUAAUGUCGAGCUGAAUGUCAGAAAGCCUGCCUCAAAGGACCCGUACCGGCUGCUUCUGAGGGGGAUCAACCCGACCACCUGCAUCGAGAUGGUAGAACUGUACGUGGAGAACAUGAUGGGGCUGUACACACCAGAUUACACCCUGCUGCCUUCACCAAAAAGAGACGUUAUCCUUAUUCACCUGAGCCAGCCCAUCUCAAAAGAUUUCCAAACCCUUAGUUCAAGGAUCUCCAAGAGGACCCUCGAUGGGGCAACGAUCACUCUGGAACAGAUUAAUGAAACUGACUCCAUCUUAGUAGAGAACCUCCACCCUGGCUCUACUGCAGACAUCCUUGCUGUGUAUUUUGAGAGUAAGCGAGGUGGGGGUCAGAAGGUGAAGGGGGUGACCAUGUUGUCGGAGAGUACAGCCAAAGUGACCUUUGUCAGCUUCAAAUCUGUGACCAUUGUCCUGAGUCGAUCACACAAAGUGGACGGUGCUGAUCUGAUAGUGAAGCCAUACUUUGACUUUCUUCAACCUGAAGAAGCUGCACCACUACAGGACUCUGCAAACAGCAGCCAGGUUAUGAGUGAGACAACCUCUGGGGAAAUGGAUAACACUCCGAUGCUGACAAGUCCUCCUGCAGCGGUCAGCAGUAGCGAGUCAUUCCCUCAGGCGUCUUUGGAGCCUGUUGUUGUCAGUGACUCAGCAGAAGAAGCAGAAGUGGAAGUCAUGGAUGAUCAACCAGAGGUCACAGAUGUAUUAUCAGAACACAUCGCUUUCACAAACCCGUUGAAACUCGCUUUGUUUCAGAGCAGCUCCCUUCUACUGGACAUUGAAAAGACUCAUCCAGAGUACAACAUCCAAAUCACAGAUGAUGGCGUGCAUAUCUCAGCACCUGAUAGAGAUGGAGUGGAGAAGCUAAAACACACCAUCACAGACUUUUGUGGGAACUUAGUUGAGAGUUCUUUCGCUCUUCAGCCAGAAGAGGCUCAGUUUUUAGCAAAGACAGAUGUAAAAGAGCUAUUACUACAAACCAUGAAUCAAACAUGGUAUCCCACUGUUUAUACUGUAUCAGACUGUGAUGUCUCGAUGUGCUCAGUAUCCCAGGACUUUAUAAACCAGGCAUGUAGCUUUUUAAGAUCUCAGCUGUGUCACUUCAGCAUGCCAGUGGAUGUGGAAUAUCAAUGCAUGUUAUACUGUAGAGAGUGGAGUGAGUUCCUUCAGACUCUGGGAUUCUCCUUCGUAAAAGUGUCUGAACAAGGAGGGAAUAUUGAUGUGCUGACUCUGAGAGGGAUGGAAAGUAAGAAGCAAGCAGAAAUCCUAGAAUUUCUUACAACUCCUAUUGAAAGGGACACAUUUAUCUCCAUGGAGCCAGGGGUGCUGAAAUACAUCCAGAUCCAUUGUCAUCAGCUCCUGGCUGACAUGAACCAAGUGUCCAUAUUUCCACUGGAGUCUGACGACGUCUGUGGAUUGAAGAUCCAUGGCCACGCUCCUGCUUGUCAAAUGGCUGAGGAGGUUCUACAAGGCGUCGUUUCCUCCAUCUGCACCAGAACCAUCACUAUAAAUAAACCUGGAGUGGCACGCUUUCUGGAAGAUAAGGAUUGCAUAAGCGUCCUGAAGGAGAUGGAGAGAAAGUUUCAGGUUUACAUCAUCACGAAGGCGGUGCAGUGGGAACCCCUGUCAAACCCGGACAUCUUUGAAUCUGCAUGGAAGAUGAUGUCCAUGGUGAACUUCCCUAAAGGGUCUGCAGACAGUUCUCCACAGGAGCUCAAAGCAGAUUUGAAUCACACCAGCCACAAUGGAGCUGAUGGUAAAGGUCUCCUAGAUGAGGCAAAAAAAAUUGUGUCAUCCAUUGACGUAAGAAUGGAAGAGAGUCCAUCCCUGUCAGACCAGCUGGAGGACAUCGACAACCUAGACCUGUACACAGCAGAAGAACCCAACAGCUCCUCCAGCCCGGGGUCAGACCCAGCAGUUGUAGAUGCUUCCAAACCUUCAUCUGGAGGGGUCGCUGCAAGUGGAUCAGUAAAUGUGAGUGACGGCGCUCUGGGCCUUGCAAGCAGUCUAGAAGAAGAGGCCCAGUUGUCUCUGGCCAUCCAGUACUCGAUGGAGUCCAAACAAUGGUCCCUGGAGGAUGAAGAGGAGCAGCUACAAAAGGCCUUAGAGCUAUCCAAGAAAAUGAUCCAAAAUGAAGGUCUUCCUGACAGUAGCAAUGGACAACACCAGCAGGAUAAAGGUGUUUCUCUCCAGGACGCCAUCAUGGCAGCCAAGACCCUCCAGUUAGUUGUGUUUGCAACUUACAACUCUGAUCUGAUUCGGGUGGACAUUGCUUUUGGCAAGAAAGUCACCCAGAGACAAGUGGAGGAAAGACUAGAGCACAGAAGCAUCAAGAACAUGUCCGAGUUCCACAAGAAAUGCCUGGAUGUCAUUAAGAGGAAGCACGCCGUCGAGAUAGAGAUUCAGGGUACCAUCAUCACCGUGUCUGGAUUCAAGGCCUUCGUGACCGAUGCGAUGCCGGAUGUGAAGCUGCUGUUGGAGAACGUUGCUAAUUGGGUGUCCGAUGAAGAAGUCUUAAGGAUUGUUCAGUGGGUGUGGCAUGGCCCAGCGUCCUCAGAUACAACACCUUAUUCACCUGAUUUGAUAGUGCUCAUUGAGAAUGCUUGGAGGAUGAAACAAACAAAGAUUGAUAUCUUAUUAGAUCAUCAGCCUCACAUCAUUAACUUUGAGAAGAUGCAAGAAUGUAACAUAGCUUCAGGGAAAUCAGUGAAGAUAUCCAGGAAGUUACUCAAUUUAGGAGAUGUGGAUGGCGAUGUCCCAGAAGAAGAAUACUCUCUGCUGUCAAACCUGCCAGAGGCAUCCAAGGUCGACGAGGAAUCUGAUGAAUUUCAGAGCGUGGUGAAACAGUUCUACGAGACCAUUCAGGAGUUCCACAGCAAGAUCAGAAUCAUCCAGGUGGAGAAGCUCAUGAACCGACUGUUGUACAACCAGUACAAGCUGAAGAAGGCCAGUGUUCUGCAGCGCGCCAUCUACCCACAAAUUGAGCGCACUCUUUAUCACGGUACAAGUGAAGCGAGUGUAAAGGAGAUCUGCAUUCAUGGGUUCAACAGAAGCUUCUGUGGAAAGAAUGCCACCGUCUAUGGUCAAGGGGUGUAUUUUGCCGUCAACUCUGCAUUGUCUGUCCAGGAUCAGUAUUCACCUCCGAACGCAGAUGGGUAUAAGUUUAUUUUUGUGUCAAAGGUUCUAACAGGAGACUACACCAAAGGCUGCCAUUCUAUGAAGACAGCUCCGUUGAAGGAGACCGGAGACAUUCCUCUCAGAUAUGACAGCGUGACAGAUGACAUUACCAAACCGUCGAUGUUCGUCAUCUUCAACGAUACGCAGGCUUUCCCAGAAUAUCUCAUUACAUGCCAGAGAAUCCACCGCUGAGAGUUCGGCUGUAACAAAUAACAAAUUAUAUGAAUCCAGAGAAAGGAUUUUUUCUGUCUUAUUUUUGCCUUGAUUUUUAAAAGUGCAUUUAAUAUGAAAAGGGCUAAGUUGGUAUAAACACAUUUGAUAUUUUUGUUUUAUCAGAUGUUUUUGGCUUAAAAUUGGAUCAUGUGCUUCUUGGUGACUCGAGUAGUCUGACUUCCAGUGAAUUCCUGCAAGUGGAAGUAGUAACAUCCAUACACUACAGAUUCUUCUGCGGGUCUUCUUAGAGUAGUUAAGAAACCUUAAUGGAGCUAAACAAAAUGUUUAUUAAAUUCGUAUGUGCAUUCAAGUACAGAAAUUUGUACUUGAAUGCAUGUGAAUUUGCAUAUUUGUGUUUUGCAAAGAGGCAUGAAUAUGCUGAAUGAUCUUAGUGGCUGGGAAUUAAUGAUUCAGUGCAUAAAACAGAUGACAAGUUGAAUUGUAUCUCUGUUCUGCUUUCUUAUUUUCUUGUGAAUGUGUUUACCAAAGUUUUUCAAUAGAAAAUUAGUGCUAAUUUUUUUUUUUAAACAAUGUUAAUGUAAACUGUCUUGGGAAAGAUAAUCUUUGUAAGAUAAAUAAAUAUACUUUAAAAUGA